AUGGCCCCACAGCCUGGUAAUACUGGCGCAAGGCCUGACGCCGGCAACAAACGAAAAGAUGCGCCCCAGGGUGCAGGCCGCGCCUUCAAGCGCGUCAAGGUCCAAGAUGCCCGCUCCAUCCGCUCCCAGCCUGCAGAUGCCGCCCUGAAAGACGGAGAGCUGGAUCUGCAAGCAUUUCUGAAUGCACGUCAGUUCGAGAUCGCAGCUCUCCAGGAUGGCAUGCGCAAGUCCAAGGCCCUUAAUAACCGCCGUGCCUUUCAGCUCGUGCCGAGGGAAAUGCGCCGUCGCACCGCCUCGCACAAUGUGAAGAAGCUGCCCAAGCGACUACGAAGCAGGGCCAGGCGGGAACAGUUGCAGGAUAACACCCCUACUGUCGUGGCUGGGAAGAGGAAGCCAAAGACUACGAGGGCACGCAUUCGCCUGGAGUCAGCCAAACGAUUAGGCAUUCUGGCCGAGAAGAAACGGAAACGCAAGCUGCGAGAGGCGAAAGCUAAGGCCAAAAAUGGUGGCGGCAGUAGUGGUGGUGGUGAGGGGGUGGAGUCCUCUGCUGCAAUCAAGCAGUUGAUUGAGACGAGGCCCGCCAGACCAAAGAUCCGGAGGAACCUGCUGAACGACCCGCCGAAACCCAAGGCGAAAUUCAGAAAACGCCAGAUUGAAAAGACCUGGUUGCCUACACAUUUGUGGCACGCAAAGCGGGCAAGAAUGACGCCUCCAAAGGAGCCGUUGUGGCGAUUUGCGAUACCCAUUACGCCCAACGAGAAGGUCUACAGAGUAACUCAUCGAGCCUCAAGCGCAAAAGGGACUAUGUUAUGGGACAUGAGCUAUAUGAGCACUAUCGGCUUGUACGGCCAUGCCGCGGGCGUCGAGAGGACUUUGAGAUCCCUUGGCCUGUCCCACGACAGCUUGUGGGAUGACCGAGGCAAGAAAUGGAGAGAAGGCCGGCGCAAGUGGUCAGGCAUGCUCAGCAAGCAAAACGGUGGUGAUACUAGGAGGCAGAUUGGUCCUGCUACGGUCGUAUGGAACCCAGAAGCAGUCACCACUCAAAGUGUCCUUCCGGAGGCCGCAGAAGGCGAUCACCAAAAGUCCUCCGGAAAUUCCCAAAGGCAGCUCUAUAUACGGCUGCACCCAUCGUGUUUCUUGGAGGUCUUUAAUAUCCUUGUCGCGCUCAACAAACGGGAGCACCCACGUCUCUAUGUGGAAGACCUUCGCUUUGAGAUUGGCAGUGUCGAGCUCACAGGUCCCGGUGCAUGGGAGGCACUCUCGAGCGUGAUAGCCUCAUAUUAUAGCAAGGGCGAUGCCAAGGAAGCUCAUGCGAAGCAAUUCGAGUCCAUGGCCGGCGCUGACAAUGCUGCCUCACACCCGAACGAUAUCGUAUUAGGUUUCUGUGCGCAAGAUCCUCGCCUACGAUAUCCUCCACGCACAGUACAGGCUCAGACCUCGCCUGAAGAGCGAAACGAUAGUUGCUCCAAAGCACUGCAGGAGGCGUCAGAUGACGCGAAGCCUGCACCGUUUCUCCUUUUCGACCGCGACGCCAGAUUUAAAGCCUCAUCCUUUCCUUCACAAAAGUCCCUUAGCAGACGAAAAGGCUUGAACUCCCCAGGACAGCCUUUGGGUGUGACAGAUGCAGACCCACCGUUUCCCGUUGUUCUAUUCGCCUCUCGCAGCGCUGUCACGAAGCACUCCUCGCACAUUUCUUGGACGUUACUUGCUCCUUACAAAUGCAUCUUGCCAAUAUGGUACAGCCUGGUACAUUAUCCAAUGUCGACGGGUGGAAACCCAAGAGUCGGCGGAUUAGACGAGCUGCGGCAGGUAAGCUUUGAACAGGGUCUGCCUUGGUUCCCAGGGGACUUCCCUGGCACGAACGCAGGUGCCGACUGGGAGGUUGAACAACGGGUGAAGAGGAAGGCAGACUGGGCCAGGAGACCCAAAUCGAAGAGAAUCGCAUGGGAAUCAAUUGAUCUAGGGGCUGGUCGCAAGGGAGAAAUAGGCAUCGGUUGGGCUUGUGAGUUUGAGAGGUUGUUCGGAAUGCAGGAACCUGCCCGGAAAGAAGACCUCUCACCUAAAAGCAAAGACCAGGAUGUCGAUGGGGCGGCCACAAAUGAGGUCAAGGACAAGGACAAGAUGGAUGUCGAUGGAAAGGAGACCGGACCAGCGCAUGAUAGUCAAUUGGAAACCGGCGAGGGAGACACAGCUGUCAGGAAGAAAGCGCCGAAGACGCAAUCACCUCAUCCUCUGACACAGGUCCAUCACCUUACGAGAUCCACUCUCAACGCCCUGCUUUCUACCAAAAGCAACGACGCGCUGGCGCCGUAUUCAAUAAUUACAGUCAAACUCACCAUCCUCGGCCGUGGCGUCGCCGAGCCUUGCGCACGCGUCUAUCGCCUUCCAGCCCGCAAGAACACACCACUCCCUGCUACCCAGCCAGAAGUUCCGGCGACCCAACCUCCUUCACAGACCAAAGAGCUUCCCGCCGACCUUCGCGACCAAUGGCUGGCCCAGAUCCCCGACUGUACGACCAAAAGACACUCACCCUCGGAGAAGAAGGGCAACCAACCCCGCCGCUUCCCACCCAAUGCAGACUUCGAGACCCAGAAGCUCCUACUUGCGCAGACCUUAUUGACGAGCAGGGACCCCUUUCCACCUGAGAAGCGCUCGGGCGGCAACGGCAAUCACCCUCUUGUGCCUGGUGAGGAAGACCUCAUUGGGUACGUGACAAAGGGGGAAUUCAGCCUUGCGCAGGGACGAGGGGUGGCAGUUGGCAGUAUCUCGGUUGAGAGAGCGUUAGAGGCGCUGCGAGCCGAUGGCGAGAAGGAGGGAAGGAUAUGUGUGGUCAGGAAUGCUGGCGAGGAGAUUGGAUGGGCGGCCAAAUGGGAGGUAGUGUAG